GGGCAUGCGCAUGGAGAGGCCUGCGGAGCGGCGACGCCGGAGUUUCUGUGUGGCUGCUUCCCCUCCCUCUCUCUGUCGGUCCGGUUCCUCAGCCCUGCCUCGGAGCUGAGCCCAGCCUGGACCGGCCCGGUGGUCUGCAGCCCAGCGGCCCCCAAGCAGCCUCGAGCUCCGAUCUGGAGGAAGUGACAAGCGAUGAGCUGCAGAGAGGCCCCCCAGCCAGUGUAGCUUGAAGACCUUCUGGAGAGCCAGGCCCAUGAGAAGAUGGCCACAUACCCCAGCCCUGUGGUGGUGGCUGUGUGGGAAUGGCAGGACGAGCUCGGCACCUGGCACCCCUACAGCGCAGCCGUAUGUAACUACAUAGAGCAGCAGUUCAUGACUCACAAGGGCCAGCGGUAUGGAUUCGGAAGUCUGGCCAGCAGUAUUCCCUUGGGCCACGCCGACCCGGCGCUGGCGCCCUACAUCAUCGACCUCCCCAGCUGGACUCAGUUUCGUCAGGACACAGGGACCAUGCGGUCAGUGCGGCGCCAUCUCUAUCCUCAGCAGUCGGCCCCAGGCCGGGGCAUCGUCUGGGAGUGGCUGAAUGAUGACGGCUCCUGGACGGCCUAUGAGAUGAGCAUCUGUGACUACCUCGAGCAGCAGCUGGCCGGGGGGAGCCAGCUGGCCGAUCUGGCCCUUCUGGGUUACAACUACGAAGUGGACUUUACCACCCACACUCAGGUUAACAAGACGUCGAGCUACCGCCGGCGGGUGCGGCGCAGCCACGGCCCCACUUACCCCGUGACGGCCAUCAUCGCCGUGCCUGGCCAUGCGGGGGCGGCUUGCUCGUGCCAACAGUGCCUAGCAAACAGUGGCUCCGGCCCUGUCAACAACCGCUACAGACACUCGAUGACCCACCUCCCUGCGUACGUGACGCCCCAGCCCACCCACCGGACUGCCCCCACAGCAGUGUACACAGGCUAUGCGCCCUACAGCAAGCCUUCCUUAUCCGGGGCCAGGUCUGCCCCGAGGCUCAAUGUCGCCAACCCCUGGAGCAUGGUGACCCCUGUCCUGGGGACGGUCCCCGUCUACCCUUCCAGCCUUCCACAUCUGGUACCUCAGCUCCUGCCCCCAGGACCCACACCAGCCAAGACCAGUUCCUUCCCAGGCCUCCCUGUGACCGUCCCCAACAGCGUCCCCAACAACACCUCCGCAAGUGCUCCAGCUAGUGUCCCCAGCGUGCCUGUGCAGAUGCCGAAGCCCAGCAAGGUCCAGCAGGCCCUCGCAGGCAUGACGAGUAUUCUGAUGUCAGCCAUCGGACUCCCUGUGUGUCUUACUCGUGCACCACAGCCUGCCAGCCCUCCUGCCUCCUGUAUGCCCACUAAAAAUCACAGCUCAGUCAAGAGACUGAGGAAAAUGUCCGUGAAAGAUGCAGCGUCGCGGGAGCCUGAGCAGGUACUUAAGAACUACUCUGAAGAGCUGAAGACCCCCCCUGAUGAGGACUGCAUCAUCUGUAUGGAGAAGUUGUCCACCCCCUCUGGCUACAGCGACGUGAUAGAGAGCAAGAAAAUCGGCCCUGAUGCCGUGGGGCGGCUCAUCAGAUGCAGCCACACCUUUCACCUGCUCUGCGUGCUGGCCAUGUACCAGACCGGGAACAAGGACGGAAGCCUUCAGUGCCCCUCCUGUAAAACUAUCUAUGGGGAGAAAACCGGAACUCAGCCCAAAGGAAAGAUGGAGUUUGCUGUGUUCAAGGCCUCCCUCCCUGGCCACGAAGACUGCGGGACGAUAGAGAUCAUUUACAACAUCCCUCGAGGAAUUCAGGGUCCUGAGCAUCCGAAUCCGGGAAAGCCGUUCACAGCCAGGGGAUUUCCCCGUCACUGCUAUCUCCCUGACAAUGCUCAGGGCAGAAAGGUCUUGGAGCUCCUAAAGGUGGCCUGGAAAAGGCGCCUGAUCUUCACGGUCGGAACUUCAAGCACCACUGGGGAGACGGACACGGUGGUGUGGAACGAGAUCCACCACAAAACAGAGAUGGGCCACAAUGUGACUGGCCACGGCUACCCCGACCCCAACUACCUGGACAACGUGCUGGCAGAGCUGGCCGCCCAGGGGGUGACUGAGGACUGUCUCGAUCAGUGAUGCCCCGCAGCCCCCAGGGCUGAGAUGCGCCCUGGGGGAGCCCUAAUAUUCUCUAGCUCGGACUGCCUUACGUCCCCGUCUCCUCCCUCCUGUUUGGAGCAAUAACGCGGCUGGGGGUCAGGCACUGACCGAGCGGUCCAGAGGUCUCAAUAUUUUUCCAUGAUGCCGAUGCCGUACGCCCCGGGGCAUCUCGCUACACUGGAUGCCUGGAAUUUUUUCUAGUUUGCACAUCUUGACUUACUUUCCUCGAUCUGUGCACAGAAAAGGCCAUAAGCCCGGGUAGUCGUCUGGCAGGUCUGAAAGAUGCAGCUACCUCGAUUCCUGCAGACCCGUUCUGUCUUCUGGCUGUGGUUGGCUCCAGAUGGUGGUGCCUGCAGAUCCAGGAUGGCGUCCUUUCAGGGGACCGCCUCUCGCCCACCCAUUUGGGGGGCUCUGGGUCAGCUCUUCCUUCAUACCUCACUGCUGGUUUUAGGAAUUUCUAUACUUUUUUUCUUGCAAUAAACUCAAAAUACUGACAA